CAUUACAAUACUGGUGUGGAUGUUAGGGUGUAGGAAACAUAGCUACAUUUUUGCUAAUUUUUGUCGUUUAGUUUGUGUUAUUUCGCGUCAUUCCGUUUUAACUGUUCGGGAAAAAAACUUAGUCGCUGUAUUAUUUAUCAUAGCGAAGAUAGCUGUUGAUUUUGCGUAAGCGUUAGUCGUUCACUAGACGUUUUCUGGAAUAGUUAGCUAGCUACACUAGCCAGCUCGCGCCUACGUGCGUUCUCGCGCAUUCCAGACGUCGCGCGGAAGAACGAGAUUUUCAGCAGUGCCAGGAUAUUCGUGCAAGUGUUUUAUUUCGUUAACUUGAGGCGUAGUUUAAAGGGUCUCGUUUCUAUUUAGAUGGCAAGCUUCCCAGAUUUUGUCAACGAAAAUGAAAUAGCUAAAGCUAAGGUCAUUGGAGAACUCUUGGCGCCUGUGGCUCCCUUUGACCAGAAGUCUGGAAGGGAGACGUGGACUGUGGCUUUUGCACCUGAUGGUUCCUAUUUUGCUUGGUCUCAAGGGCAUCGCAUUGUGAGACUUGUGCCAUGGUCAAAAUGCAUGACAAACUUCAGCUCUGUGAGGAAGGAUGAGCGCCUGAACAGCGCCAGACCCAGGAGUCUGUCUCGGCAGGGCAGCGAAGGCUCCCUGGUGCCCGGCGAGCCUCGGGAGCACACCAUCGACUGUGGUGACGUGGUAUGGGGGCUGGCGUUUGGCUCGUCUGUGCCUGAGAAGCAAAGCCGCUGCGUGAACAUUGAGUGGCACCGCUUCAAGUUCGGGCAAGACCAGCUACUGCUCGCCACCGGCCUCAACAACGGCCGCAUCAAGAUCUGGGAUGCAUACACGGGUAAGCUCCUGCUAAACCUGAUGGACCACACGGACAUAGUUCGAGACCUGACGUUUGCACCAGACGGCAGCCUGGUGCUGGUGUCUGCCUCCAGAGACAAGACACUGCGUGUGUGGGACCUCAAGGACGAUGGUAACAUGAUGAAAGUGUUGCGUGGACAUCAGAACUGGGUGUACUGCAGCACGUUCUCGCCCGACUCGUCCGUGCUGUGCUCGGUGGGCGCUGGUAAAGCGGUCUUACUGUGGAAUAUGGACAAGUACACACUCAUUCGCAAGCUGGAAGGCCACCACAACGAUGUGGUGUCGUGCGAGUUCUCGCCAGACGGAGCCCUGCUGGCCACGGCCUCCUACGACACCCGGGUCAUAGUAUGGGACCCGCACACUGGCACUAUCCUGCUGGAGAUGGGGCAUCUCUUCCCUCCUCCCUCUCCCAUAUUUGCAGGAGGGGCGAAUGACCGCUGGGUCCGCUCCGUGGCGUUUUGUCAUGAUGGCCGACAUAUUGCCAGCAUCACUGAUGACAGGUUGGUGCGAUUCUGGAGGAUAGACGAGAAGAGUCCCCAGGCCAUCGGUGCCCUCACUAAUGGCCUCUGCUGUGCCUUCUCCACAGAUGGGAGCAUUUUAGCUGCUGGUUCACGUGACGGCAGUGUGCAUUUCUGGGCAUGCCCACGCUCCGUCGCCAGCCUGCAGCACCUGUGUCGCAUGGGCCUGCGGCGGGUACUAACCACACAGCAAGUCUACACGCUCCCCAUCCCAUGCUGCAUGCAGGACUACCUGGCCUACAGGAGCCUCUAGCCUACGGUCACACACGCCGCUGCACACACUUCGACCAGUGAGAAGUCCUUUCUAAGAAAACAUAAAAAAAAAAAAAGAGGAAGGGGAAAAAAAAACAAAAAACCCAAAAAGACUGAGGAAAAACCCCUUGAUUGUAUUUCUGUUCUCAGACCUCAUGCUGUACCUCACGAGGUUACUGUUUUGUAUUUAAGUGAUGCAUUGCACUUGUACUGCUUGCAGAUUUGCCUCUUGUCUCUUUAUUUUUAGUUUUUUGUUUGGUCCCCCCCCCCCUUUUUUUUUUUUUCCCCCCUUAAUUUUAAAGCGAUCUCUGCACUCACCCAUAACAAGUGGUGGCCUUUAUAUAGCCUUAUGAGGUUUUUUUUUUCUUUUUUUCUUUCCCUCCUUUUCCAAACAUAGCCUCGUGUAUACAAUCGUGCGAUGCAACGUCUUCAGAAUAGAAAGAGUCUCAUCUUUGUGGCUGGUGGUGUGAAUAAAUUCUAGCUGGGCUGAAGUUGCGCUUUUCUUCAGUGCUCCAGAGAGAGCUGGCUGUAAUGGGAGGAGUGGUUAGAGGGUGCUCUUCCCAAGUGCAAUGGUUUCAUUGGGUGAGCGUGAAGGAAAUUUUGUGUGUGUGAGUGAACAUUCAGUGGAUGCGGGUAGUGCCUCCCCUUUCGUGCCUCUUUAGCUGAUAAAAUCCCCAGUGCUGUAUGCUUGACAUCCACACCCAAACGCUGCCUCAGUAACAACAGCCUCCUCAUCUCUACAAACCCAAGGAUAAAAGUAGUAAACUCCUGGGAUUUUCCUCCUUAAAAUGUAUAUUUGUACCUGUACAGAAAUUUGUAAAUGUGUACGUUUAUAAAUGUCUCAAUCUGCUUUUCCAUGGUUGUGUUUUUCUCCUCUGCUGAGUCUAAGACUUAUGAUGCUUGCGUGUGUGAAUUCUCAUACUGUGAACCGAAUGACAUGUCUCUGUUCAAAAUAGACUGUGACUGGGUCCAGAGCUGAUUGUAUGGUGGUGGGAACUUGUUAACUAGCAGAAAUGCUAAUGUUCCUUCUCCUCCAGGUGGCUCGAGGCUUCCAUAAAGAUUGCCAACUGUCCAUUUUCAGUGUUUUGUUAGGGGUUUUUUUUUUGGUUAUUGUUUUAUGGGCUUGCUUGACACCCUGACCAUUUCAUUUGCUCAGCUUCUAUUUAAAGAACAGAAAGUCAGUAUAAAAGAUGUGGGUGGAGGAGAUGAUGAUGAUGUCUCAUUUACCUCCCUAGUAACAAGUCAACAAGAGGCUUGCUGCUUCUUUGCUGUGCUGUGGGAACAUCAGCUGUACGGUUCUGGAUGGGGGGGGGGGGGGGGUGGAAUCUGUGCUUGCUGAAGCUCUGGUGAUAUGAGUAUGGAUGCAGGAGUUCGAUACCUGGUGAAUGGUUGCAUUUUAUAGCAUGGGUUUGUCUGUUUUUCUGUCUAUGUGCAGUCAAACAAUCUUGGCAAUAAAUUGCAUUUGUUGUAACCGUAGAAGCUGUUCCCAAAGAUUCCCUUGGACUCUUAUUGUACGGUUGCCACUCAGUAUUGUUUUUCUGUUUGGUUUUUUUUUUUCUCCCUCUUGUCUCUUCCUCAUCUACUUCUGGCUAAAACUUGAAAAUAUCUGCUUAUGUAUGGUUGUUUUCUGCUUGUAAAAGAAUGCUAAAUAAUAGGCCUUCUGUUUUAAAGCAAGUUGUUUUCUUCUCUGUAUCUUGAAGAAAUGCACAGCAACUCUGGAGUGCUCUGUCAGAUGGCUUGCACUCAGCUGCUCUAGCAUGAGGUAGAGGUCAUUGGUCCAACGUACAAGGUUCCCUUUCAUCCUUAUUCCUCUUUUCAAAUAAAACAUGUAUUACCUAAUAUUGAACACAUUAGUAGCAACUGAAGUAGUCGGAAGAAUGUACUUUUUCUGUUUUGUACGUUUUUGCAUUUGAAAUAAGUUGAAAAUAAAGGCAUAUUUCAAAAGGUC